UCCUCUUCACCAGCUAGCAGUUGGCAGUCGGAGUCGGAGAGACGAUGGCCAAUUUCCCCACGCUCUUCAUCAUAGCCCUGCUCCUCUUCCCGGCCCUAACGUGCGCCGCCCGCCCGGAGCCCGCUUUUCUCGGCAAGACAGCCCAACAUCGUCCCGUGGUUGUCGAAGUUGAUGAUUCAGCGGCGGCGGCGGAGGAGGAGGAGAGCUGCCAAGGAAUCGGAGAAGAAGAGUGUUUGAUGAGAAGAACACUGGCCGCCCAGGUUGAUUAUAUCUACACCCAGAAGCAGAAGCCGCCAUGAAUACACACACACAUCUCAACCUCCCUGUUUUGCAGAUUAAUUAGUUUGAGUUUGUUUUGGCACAUGUGUAGCUGUCAGGUUUCAGAUCUUACAUACAUGGUUCAGUUCGUAUUAAUUAGUUCUGCAGAUCUCGCAUAGUUUGUUUGUUUGUUUCUUCCUAGGAAUAGGAUUAAUUAGGUUUUAUCAUCAUUAUAUUAUUA